CGGCCGGCUCCUCACUGUGAUAUCCCUCCGCCCCGCGCAGCCGGGAGCCCCGCCUCAUGAUGCCGGGAGGAGGAGCCAGGUAGCAGACACUGACACGUAACAGUCCUGCGUAGAAUUUAAGGAAGGAGCCGCAUCUUUUCGGAAAAACUCACUUUGGUACAGCCGUGCCUCUUCAGACUGGAUGAACCACCCAGCUGUCCCGACCCAGAAGCCCCGUUAGACCGGCUUCCGGAAGCGACCGAAGCGGGACUAGCAGGCAGGAGCGGAGGGAGAGCCGACGUUUAAAAUGAGAUUUUCAGUGUUUAUUUCUGUCCUGCGGUCGCUCGGCCCGGUGGUAAUCGGCAUCUCAUUGGGCUUCACGCUGAGUUUGUUGAGCGUGAGCUGGACGGAGGAAGCGUGUCCCCUGGAGGGCAAGGAGGGCGAGGAUGUGGCUUCGGGUCAGGAGGGUCUCCUCAAAGGAGCCCGAAAGCCCAGCUCCAUUUCCACCGGCAACGAUGUGGAGUCCGAAGAGGAUUUCGAGCCAAGAAUAGUCCCUUACAAACAAGUCCAGCCGAGUGCUCCAAAGAAAGUUUUCAGGGCUAAGUACAUAAGCACAGAGCUUGGCAUGCGGGAGCGCCUGUUCGUUGGAGUCCUGACCUCCAAAAACACCAUCAACACCCUCGGGGUGGCGGUGAACCGCACCAUAAGUCACCAUCUGGACAUCGUGGUCUUCUUCACCGGCUCACGCAACCGCAAAGUCCCCCACGGCAUGUUUGUGGUCUCCCACGGAGAUGAGAGGCUGAUCUGGAACAUGUUUCAGACCAUCAGGUACGUCUUAGACCACAAUGUCAACGAGUACGACUGGUUCUACUUCGUCCAAGACGACGCCUACACCGAAGCCGACCGGAUCAGAGAACUGGUGGAGCACCUGAGCGUGGAUCGAGAGCUGUACAUGGGCAGUCCCGAAGAGUUCAUCGGAGGAGAGAUGGAAGGGAAGUACUGCUACGGGGGGUUUGGGUACCUCCUGUCGCGCAGCUUGCUGCUGCGACUUCAACCCUACCUGGAAAACUGCAGGAACGACAUCCUGAGCUCCAGGCCAGAUGAGUGGCUCGGAAGAUGCAUCAUCGAUUACACCAGCACCAACUGUGUCAGUGAGUAUGAGGGACUCGAGUACCACCAUUACGAGCUCGGAAAAAACUCGGACCCAAAUAAAGAGCAGAACGAGAAGUUCAAGAGAGCCCUGACUGUUCAUCCCGUGUCUGACCCCGAACAAAUGUACCGGCUGCACCGAUACUUCUCCGAGAUUGAGCUCCAGAAGACUUAUAAUGAGAUCGCUAAGCUGCAGGCGGAGAUAAAAAAUGUCAGCGUUCUCGCUUUUGAAGGCAACCGAAGCGCCCAGUGGCCAGUCGGGAUCAAUCCGCCUUUUGAGCCUAAGUCCCGGUUUGAAGUUCUAAAAUGGGAGUACUUCACAGAGGAGGAGAUUUACUCGUGCAUCGAUGGCGCUCCUAAGUGUGAGUUGCGGGGCAUCGAUAAACUGGAUGUGGCAGAAGUCAUAGACACAGCCAUAGAGGAGCUGAACAAGAAGUACAUGCCCACUUUACACCUGAAGAAGCAGCAGCUGAUUAACGGAUACAGACGCUUCGACCCCACCAGGGGCAUGGAGUACACCUUAGACCUUCAGCUGGAGGUCGUCAAUCAGAAAGGUCACAGCCGCUCCAUCACCAAGAGAGUCCACCUGGUGCGACCCCUGAGCCUCAUAGAGAUCAUUCCCAUGCCCUACGUCACCGAAGCGACCAGGGUUCACAUCAUUAUACCUCUGACUGCAGACGACCGCAGCUACGUCAACCAUUUCCUGGAAGUCUUUGCCUCCAACGCCUUUGAGACGAGCGAAAACGCCAUCCUCACGUUCCUGUUCAUUUACGACCCAGAGGAGGCUCAACACGUGAAUCACAACGACAUAUUUAUUGAUGUGAAGAAUCAGAUAAAUGUUUACGAGCGAAAAUACCCCACGGUGAAAAUCCCCUGGAUCAGCGUCAAGACAGAGGUACCGUCCCAGAUUAAGUUCAUGGACAUCAUCUCCAAAAAGCACCCGGUGGACACUUUGUUCUUCCUGGCGCACGUCAACACGAACAUCAACUCCGAGUUUCUCAACCGCUGCCGCAUGAACUCUAUAAACAACUGGCAGGUCUUCUUCCCCAUCCACUUCCAGGAGUAUAACCCCGAUGUUUCCUACCACAACCAGCCGCCCCCGGCCACAGUCGACCUGGUGAAGGACGCCGGACAUUUUGACCGCAGGUCAUUCGACGAGGCGUGCUUUUACAACUCCGACUACAUGGCGACGCGAUCCCGCAUGGUGGCGGACGUCCAAGAGAACGAGGACAUCCUUGAAAGCCUGGACAUUUAUGACAUAUUUGUGAAGUAUUCUGGUCUGCACGUAUUCAGAGCUGUUGAGCCAGCUCUGCACCAGCAGUACCGCUACCAGUCCUGCAACCCCAAACUCAGCGAAGACAUCUACCACCGGUGUAUUCAGAGCAACAUGGAGGGCCUCGGGUCCAGAUCGCAACUCGCCAUGCUGCUUUUCGAACAAGAACAAGGAAACAGUACUUGAAACAUUUCACCUGCUUUAUUUUCGUAAAACGGACUGAAGAUGUUGGAGUCGGUUGAAAAAAGCAACAAGUCUUCUACCAGCUUUAAGUCCAACCCGACGGUUCUCCCUAAAGGCUGUUUUGUCAGAUUGGUCUUUUUUAGCUAGUUUUGAUAAACUGACAGAACACGGGUUUAAAAUGAAACCAAAUGUGCUAGCUAUGCUGACAAAUAUAAAAAUUGCAAUAAGCAGUUUUGACCACUAGGGGAGGCAUAAAAACCAGAGACUCGUGGCUUUGCGGUAGCUUUGAGGAGUUUGUGUCGUCUCCUCAGUAUUCAGGUGGAAAUCGCUACCAAAGACUGAGAAUAUUCAGGGGUAGGCAUGGGCCGGCUGCUGCACGUUGCUGUGGUCCAAUUCAAAGUUCUUCCAUUGAAAUCUAACAGAACUAGUUGCUGCACACUGCCAGUCGGCUGGCUGAAGAAAGGCCACUUCUUUUCUCUUGAGCCUACAAGAACAAAUUUACAUUUGGCUUGGAAAGAAAAUCAGCUCCAUCAAACACACUUUCUCAUAAUUAAGUUUAGUCACCAAACGUUGGACGUCCAUUGACUUUUUAGGACUUAACUGAAAAACUUAUUAAAAAUAUAAAAUUUUUUUAGUCUAUUCAACUGAAUUUGGCCCAGACAGGUUCUUAAAUUAAUUCUUUGCUUUAGGUUUGUGUUGACAUAUUUUCACUCUAUUUAUCCGUAUUUUAACAUUGUUUAAAAUACCACAAUCCAAUGUGUUUUUUUUCAGUGUUUAUUAGAUGGAAAUGUGUUUGGGAAAGAGUGAAGUACUCAGCCUGACUACUGGAGCAGAAAGGCAUAAAAGGCAAGGUUACUUGAAAAUGACUCCAACAUUUAGUGGUAUUUAUUACAUUUUUAUGUUGAAUUCAAUAUUGCAGUUCACAACCACCUCUUUAAUAUUUGAUCUCAGUAAAUUAAAUAAAUUCAAUAGUGGUACUCAUUUUCUUUCCUUUAAAUAUUUUUUAGAUGCUGUGAGAAGACUGGUCCAUGCCUCCUUAGGAGUAAUUAUGUCAAUUGGUCACCAUUAGAAGGAGAUAGUUUCCCUUUGGGAACAUUAGCUUAGAUUAGCUGAGAAAGCUAACAAUCAUGUCUUUUAAAAGUAUUAGCACCCCUUCAACUUUUUUUUGCAACAUCUCACAUUUCAACCACAAACUUUGAUAUGUUUUAUUUAGAAUUGUAGAAUAUUAUAUGGAGUACUGUAUAACUGUGAAGGUUAUGCAUGAUUCUACAUUUUAUGAAAUUCAUUAAUAAUCAGGUUUAAAGGGGCGGUAAUACUUAUUUUCCAAACAUUUUUAUAACAGCAUAUGAAAUAUUACACCUUGAAAUUGGAUCUGUCUUUUUAAGAAGCUCUGACACUUUGCCUCUAUCAUGUUAUAACAUUAAAACAUGAUAGAAAGCUAAAAAGAGUUGAUUUUAAAGUGUUUUGUAUGGUCUACGUGGUUUAACUGUAAAGUGUCCCAGCAUGAUGCUUCCACCACCAUGUUCCAUAGUGUAUUUUGCUUUUAGGUUUAAAAGUUUGUAUUUUUUAAGGUUUUAUUGGCACCAGAUUUCCUUUUUUUUUUUUUUUUUUUAAAAAACAUGUACUGAAAUUCCACUUCUCAGUUAUUCUCUACUUUAUCCCUGAAGGAAAACAGUUUGUGGUUGUUGCAUUAAAAAAAAGCAUUAAAACGUUCAAGGGGAAAUAAUGCUUUUUGGAAUGUGUGCUUUGGCUGCUGCACAUUCUGAUGAAUGAAACUAUUUUCGUUAGCAUAGAGUGAGCUAAUGCAGUAGGUAUGUUGGGUUUGGAAACCAAUUAACCAAAACAAUAAGCGGUUUGUAAUUAAAAGAUGUCAUUGCUGCUUCUCAGAGGGGUUUGACUUAUGAGCAGGGCCUGGUUUGCUUUUUGAGGACGCCCUUUGAUUUAAUCUGUAUCUUUAAAUCAGAAGUUAAUGUUUUAUUUUAUUUCCAACGGUACAUUGCACCACUGCUUGUGUGCCCCAGUUCUUGCACUUUUGAUACUUAACUGGUUUGAGUAUUCACAGAAGUGUGUUUGUAUAAUGUGCCUUGACAAAGACGUUUUAUAUGUUGGCUGUCUUGUUUUUUAUAUAUACAUAAAGUAGUAUUUUGGUAUUGAUGAACUCCUAUGGGAGAGUGGAGCUUUCUGUGUGUUUAUAACGCCUGCCACAGCUGGGAGACUGAAGUGGGUUCUCGGUUGAGUUUUUAUUGCGAACUUGGACAUGCCAUGAACCCGACCAUCUGCAGGCUGAACAUAACGUGUGCCUCGAAGCCAGGAGGAGCUUUCUGGAAAGUAUCUGUUGGGUUUGAUUUAUGAAGAUUUGACUUACUGGAAAUGCUUCUUAUUGAACAUUUUUUAAUGGUACAAACAAACGAGCCCUAUGAAUAAUGACGUUGUUACUGUCUGGAUGCCGGGAUAUAUUUUAAUUACAUUAGAAAAAUAUUUCUAUGUCAACAGAAGCAGAAAUUGGAGAAGGUUUAGCUGUUCCAAAGUGCUUUGGAUGACUUUUUUUUGGUGUGCUUGAACUCCAGAUGUUGUGAAAUGCAGUAGGAGGUUUCUUCUGUCUCUCAGCGGUAAUGGAUGUAGUAUUGCUGGACAGCAGUAAUUUAUUAGUACAUUAAAAUGUGCAAUAUUACAGAUAACACAGCUGGACAGGCAGCUUUUAGGCGACGGGAUUUUAAAUUUCAAAGACAUUUUUUGUUUCUUCAAGUGCAGCAGUGUGUAUAUCACAGUACUGUUCAUGGCUUGUACCUUCUGUUUGAGGCAGAGUAAAUACACUGUAAUUUUGCUGACAGGCCCUUUUAAUGUAUUUUGCUCUCUGUAGACACUUUUUCAUCACAUUUGCUUUGAAAUACAUAAAACCGAGGCGAGUCCUUUUAUUUAACUGUAAUUGGAUUUAAUAUAUAUGUUGGAGACGUUACAGCCGCCGUGGUGGUCCGCCGCAUUUCUUAUCUGUUUUAUUCACAGUGUGAACACAGAGCAUUAAGUUCAGUUUUAUGCUUAUUUUUUUUUUUUUUUAAUGUCUGAUAACUUGGUGUGAAUGUUUUCUUGAAGAGUCUUCCAGAGAAAUCACUGUGAAAUAAGGAGGUUGAGAUUACAAUAUGAAGUUACUGAAAUGUGCUGUUUUCUUGCCUUUCUGUCAGCAUGAAUGGUCUGGAUCACAGGUGUCAAACUCGAGGCCCGUGGACCAAAUCCGACCCGCCCGAGCUUUUUAAGUGGCCCUAUAAAUUCUACACUAAACGCUAAAUGUGCUCAAAUAUUAUUUUAUCAAUCAAUUCAGUUUUUAUCUGUUUACUGCCAAACUAAAUGAAUCAGUCCCUCCAUUUUCUUGCAAAUUAUUGUGUAAAUUCACACAAAAUCAACAAAUCCACACAGUUCUUUGCACUAAUACUUAACUGGUAGUUUAUUCCACAAAAUGGUCUAAAACGUUCUUUUGUACUGAACAGCUGCCUUAGUAUUAAUUAAGGUCAGCUUCUAUAGCGAGUAAUAAAAAGUCACACAUUUCCAAUUUAGUGCCACAAACACUUUGAUUUUUAUUGCAAAAAAUCACAAAAUCGUAAAAUCCAGGAGGGACUGUAUAUUAUUCAGUUUUAAGAAUUUAUUGAUAUUUUAACAGUUUGUGAAUGGGUUUUGUCAAUACAUUCUGGCACAACCGGCCCUUUAAGAGGAUUAUGACAUUGACUUGGCCCAAAGCAAAAGUGAGUUUGACACCACUGGUCUCGAAUCAAGUGGGGCGUCAGAUUAAUGAUCCUGUGUGGCUGAACGAAGGCUCCUUAUGUAUUUUAAUGAUUUAUUUAUCUGUCACAUCACCUACAUAACACAGUAUUUUCUGCUUUUAUGACAUUCUUUGUACACUCCAUUUUCAAACAUCUUUCCACAGUCAGUCAUGUUUUACCUUUUAUUGUAGUCCUAAAGUCAUUUUAAUAUGUUGAGUUCAUUCCACAUUUAUUUCCACCAGAACCUGAAGUUUUCCCUUUGCACCCCAUUCACUGGUUAUUUGUACUGUUUUCACACACAUUGGUACUUGUUGAACCAAAGCGGUACAUUUUGGUUGAUGCACAUGGCGUGUGAUUGAGUGCUGUAAUUCUCAAUAAACUGUGAAUCAUUGUAAUUUUUCUAAAUAAAUAAUUUUAAAUAUU